UCUUCUCCAUUUUUGUACAAUUGCAUUAGAAAUGGUUACUUUUUCUAAUUGAUGGGAAAUUUUCUAGCAUCUUUUAAAUUUUGUAGUUUGUCGGUGUUGAAUUUCAGGAUUCAAGAUGAACUUAAAAGAAAAUUAAUCACAGAAGAUGAUUUUCCAUGGGAAAUUCCAUCUUCUUCAUCUUCUGUAGAUUUUGGUGACGGAGGAGAGAGAAAAGAGGGGUUGAAGUAUGUGGGAGGGGUGGACAUUAGCUUCUUGAAGGAAGAUCCUUCAAUUGCUUGUGGGACCCUUGUGGUAUUGGAGCUCGAUUCUUUGAAUGUUGUCUAUGAUGAUUUCUCUGUUGACAUGCUUCACAUUCCCUAUGUUCCAGGCUUCCUCGCUUUCAGAGAGGUUCCUAUUCUGCUGAAGCUGUUGGAGAAAAUGAAGAAAAACGCUCACCCAUUCUAUCCCCAGCUACUGAUGGUUGAUGGCAAUGGAAUUCUUCAUCCUCGAGGUUUUGGAUUGGCUUGUCACCUUGGAGUUAUGGCUGAUCUUCCAACAAUUGGAAUAGGAAAGAAUUUACAUCAUGUUGAGGGUCUAAACCAUUCAGAAGUUAGAGACCAGUUGGAUGCUGGUGAUGAUAAACAAUCAGUUUAUUUGUAUGGAAACUCUGGACAUACAUUGGGUGUGGCUAUGAGAUCCACUUUGGGUGCUUUGAAGCCUAUAUUUCUUUCAAUUGGUCAUCGUAUUUCGCUUACUACGGCUAUGAAGGUUGUGAAAAUGACUUGCAACUACCGUGUACCUGAGCCAAUCAGGCAGGCUGAUUUAAGGUCAAGAGAAUAUCUGCGCAAGCAUCCAUUUGUACCACAAUGUCUCUAACAAGCUGGACUGACAAGACUCUGGCUCAACUUAGCUAUAUUUACAGCAAAGAAAUCAGACUGAAGAAUCGAAGAAAGAUUCGGGAUACUGCUCGCCUGCUCGACUACUUCUCUACUUGUACAGGUCUUGUCAAUUUGUCAUUUACAGAAUUUCUGUAGAACUGUCCUGGUGUGUUAAUAUGAAUUAAAGAACUUCAAGAACUGGGCAGCUGAUUUGAUUGAUGAUUGGAGCAAAACUUGUAAUUUUUCCAAAUUCAAUUUAAGGUAUGUAUAUGAUUCAGUAAGUCCAUUUCUAUUA